CAGGCAAAUAAAAUGUGGCUGCAAAAAUUCUCGUGAGCAAAGUUCAGUUCAGUGCAGCGCAGAAAAAACAAGAAUUUCGUUAUUUCAGAGAAGAUGAGUGAAUCGUAAGCCAUUAAGUAUUCAGUUAGCCACUGCAGUCCUUUCGUGAAUCAGCGAGUUAGUUAGUCAGUUUUAAUUUCAGUUCAGUGCAGGGUAAAGAAAGCAAAGGAAAAGUUGAAUGCUGUGCGUAUUGGCGUUGCGGUGAAGAAACGAGUGAACAGAAAACCAGCUUCAAAACCAUAAAAAACCAACGACCACCAGCACCGUAACAAAUAGGCAAUAUGAGGACGACGAGUCUGCUGCUGUUGACGAUUACAGCGACUCUAUUGGUGGAGACGCAAACUCAGUCAAGUUUCGUUCGGUGGCUAGACAGACAGUAUGAAGUAGUACGCCGAGGUUUCUUGAAGGGGCUCCUGCGAACUGGAAGUGCAAGUAAACGAGGCAUAGUCUCGGGCAGCCAGUCAAAUUCUGCUACCAGAAGUACCACCUUCCUGAACGCUACACAACAGGAGGACAGGCCCAAAGGGACCAGUCUGAGAGCCACCUCACAAUAUUUCAAUAACAAAUUCCAAGAGCCAGUACCGGAAGAUAUUCCAUUCCCCUGCGACACGCAACCCGGAUAUCCUGGAGCCCGGUCUGCCACGCGACCGAACAGCGUACAUCGCCUGCGUGUCGGCGAUAUCGACGUCAUUGGUGCAAUGGGAGACAGCCUGACAGCAGGGAGUGGAUCGGCUGCUGCUAAUGUGGUUGAGGUGUCUAUCGAGAACAGAGGGAUGUCCUGGUCCGGAGGUGGCGAAUCAACAUGGCGUGAGUACCUGACCUUGCCCAAUAUCCUGAAGGAGUUCAAUCCCUCUCUGAUCGGGUAUGCCGUCAAGGAUUCUCUUGGGUCCCAGAAGAACUCUCAGUUCAAUGUAGCCGAGCCGAUGGCCAUCACGAGCGACAUGCCGUUCCAGGCUGAACUUCUGGUGAAGCGCAUGCGCUCAGACAAGCGAGUCGACUACGAGAACGACUGGAAGAUGGUGACUAUUAUGAUCGGAUCCAACGACUUCUGUUCUCACAUGUGCUACAUGAAAAACUUUUCAAUGACACCCAAGCUUCAUAAGGACAAUCUGAUCAAGGCUCUGGACUACUUGAGGGACAACAUGCCAAGGACGAUCGUCAACUUGGUGGCCCCACCUCAGCUGCAGAAAAUUCAGGAGCUCAAAGGGAAGCCAGCAAUUUGCUUCUUGUUGAAUGAAGUCGAGUGUCCCUGUAUGUUUGGACUAAGGUGGCAGCAUCUCAAAGAAAACUUCACAGAAAUAAUACGAGAGGUCCAGGAAAUCGAUAUAGAGCUGGCAGCCAGCAGAAAUUACAAUUCUAAGGACGAUUUUGCUGUUGUCGGCCACACGUUCCUGACCCGUGCUUCUGUACCAAACAAGAGGACAGCAGGAGGAAACGUAACGGACUUCUCAUUCUUGUCGGAGGACUGUUUCCACUUCACCCAGAAGACACAAGCACUAUCGGCCAGUUCAUUGUGGAAUUCUUUGCUGGAGCCCGUGGGGAACAAGAGCUUCGCCAUCAUGGAGACGCCCCUCGCUCGAUUCCUAUGUCCGACACCAGAUCAUCCCUUUAUCUACACGGCUGCCAACAGCGUAACACGAUGAGAGACUCUCCUAAUGCUCUAUUCUCGCAACAUAAUUAAAACGAAACAUCUUCAGUAUAGAUAUUAACAUCUCCGUAUAUUUACACGUUAGUUACUAUACACGCGAUGAAUUCUGUCUUCGUUGAACUAUUUUUCUAGCGUGAACUUAGGCAGAAGUGUCGAAUGUUCCUUCCACAAAGUCAUGAAAGCCAACAGUGAAUAAAUUGUCACCAUGAACAAUCUGUCUAUGAAACUCGCUGUGGUAUCCCUUUCGGGGGAGAGUUCAAAGCUCAUUAGUCCCAUCUGAUUAAGAAGGAACGAAAACCCCUUUGAAACGUUGUAUAAAACUCAAUGCAUAAUCUGCAGCCCAUCAGUAGAAUUGGUGUCCUGGGAUAGCUCAGUCCGUAACGUGACGACUACGAACAGCUUUAGGUGACGCGGCGAUUCCUUGCAGACGAAGUAUUUUGAUAAGUAUGUAGUCAACUUAAUUUUAGGUGUAUUGUGUCCUAUAGUGCAAGUUGUACAUUGGAAUUCGUGUUGUCACUGUUUUUAAUAAUUAAAAAUGUCUAAUUAUAAUUA